AUGGUGAAGGUCGAGACGAAGGACUUGAACUUGGACGGCCCGGAAGAACGCUUUGACGGCCUAUCCCGUAGUAUCAUGUCGAUCGCCAUCGAUCUCUCCCUUCAAGAACUGCAGGACACACUGGACCAACAUGUUCAACCACCUGAGCCGAUAUCCUCCUUUGAGAAUAUAAUAUCUUUGAGAACCCAAACCUCCGCAACUAUCUCUCUUCGCUGUGGCGAGAGCAGGUACCUCUUGAGGGCCACAGUGCCAGAGGCCAACUCCCGAUCCACAUACUCGCGAAACACACUUUUAGCACAAAAAGCUAUGCUCGACCUUCUUCAUGCUCAGAAUCCGUCACCCCUGCCGGUGCCGAUGUACUUAGCCCUCGAUACCUCGAAAUCCGUCAUCCCAUACUUGUACAUCCUUCUUUCACUACCGUCCGCAACGGCCUCUUCUUCAACACUCGUCACGCUAUCACAAGCGCGUCGAUCUGUGACGCAAGCUCAAGCCCUCAAGCUUGACCUCAGGCUAGGGUCGUAUCUACAUCAACUCCACCAGGUGCAGAACGAUUGGUUCGGCACGCCUGCCCGGGAGAAGGACAGGGCCUGGAGCUGGCAAGAGGCGUUCACACUCCUCCUCGAAGAUCUCUUGUCACACGUCGAGAGUCACCAGGAUAAGCUGGGUUUAUCAUUGCCCAUGGUCGAGCUUCGCCAGUGCCUUUCUCGUGCAAUCGGUUUCUUCCUGUUUGACGAUGUCGAAGUCCCAUCGCUCGUCUCGUUUACGGAUGACGAGGAUGCGAUACUGGUGGAGAUCCCAUUUGAGGAUACAGAGCAGGACUCAGAGAUUAUCGCCUUCAUCGGCUGGGAACAUGGUUUGUGGGGAGAUCCUAUGAUGGAGGCGACGCUGAUGGAGCGAAAUGACGCUAUUAUUGAGGGCUACGGGGGACCUCUCGUGGUCUUUCCGAGGCAGAAGACGAAGAUUCUAUGGUACGCACUGUAUGCGGGGUUGCUUGCCAUUAUCGAAGGUAGAGGUGGGCCGGAUGGUGUUGAGGCAGCGAGGUCCUUGGUAGCGAAGUCUGUACAGAAGCUCAAGGGGGCACCAUGCUACUAG